CGCACUCUCAGACAGAGGCUUUUACGUCAAACCAGGCAGGAGGAAGAAGAAGAAGGAGAAGUAGAAGAAGAAGAAAGCGGACCUGGUGGCACGAUAGGUGGAUGUUAGAACAUCCGCGUCCUGUCAUCCCACCGAGACAAGUCACAGCGGGAUCUCUUACUGACUGCACGGACGUGAGAUUCACUGUUAUCUCUGUCGCAGAUGCACGGCCCGCCUGCUCCUCCCGCCCAUGGACGCGCUCUCUUGCUUUACGCGGAUUCCGUCGAGCGCACCGAGGCUGAGCUGAUCCUAUGGCAGACGUCGGUCCGCCCUGUGCCACCGUGAGAGGAGAAUCAUCCGAACAGAGGGAGUGAAAUGAAAAGCCAACAGCCAUCCCUGCUCGCCCUGUUGGCUCUGCUGCUUUGCACAUUACACCACACAGCUGGCUCCAGCAGAUCAUCAUCCCCUUCCCCAUCAGAGGUGAGGGGCAGGGGCAAUGUGGGGGUGAUGCUUCAAAACUGGCUGAGACAGAACAACAUCACCUCCAACUAUGGCAAUCACAGCCCGGAAAGUAGGCCGCCGUCAUCACCACCAAAGCCCGAAGGGGCAACGGGCCACGUGAAUCGCUUCUCCUUCAACAACAGCAGAGGCAAUGUCACUACUGUGAUAUCUGAGAGGUCUGGCGGGGGACCAGGCUGGAGCCCAGAGGAAGGGGUGUCAUCACACUGUGCCUACCAAGUGGUCGAGGGAGGCGUUGGGGGGCAGCUGUGCUUUCGAGACACGCUGCUCGGGUACAAGUGUCGCAAGGCAGACUGCAGGACAGUGGUGACUUUGGGGAAUCUGGUGGCAAAUAUCCUCAUCAACGGCAGCGUACUGUUACAGUGGGGCCAUGAGGGAGAACCUUUGAUCACUGAGGGAGGGGUGAAGACAGAGGAGGCUGCAGCUGGUCGGAAGAGCAGUGGGGGUCCAGGGACCAAUUCAACGAAGGAGGGAAGUCUACCAUCAAGCACUGUUUUCAGUGGCCGACGCCACAGGCGAGGAGGCUAUGAGUUGAGCUGCUGGUGGAAUGGAAGCUACACUCAGUUUGAGUGUGCCGGUGUCCAUCUUGGAUCCAGCUGCAGGGACUUUCUCCUGACCGAGCUUCAUGAGAACAUGCCCUACCGGAUCUGCCUGAGAUCCCUGGCCCACUCCGAUCCAGCUCAGAGCACAGACCAGCGGGACUGUGUGGAGUUUACCCUGCCACCGUCUGGGAUGCAGGACAUUGUGAUCGCCAUGACAACUGUGGGGGGAGCCAUUUGUGUGAUGCUGGUCAUCAUUUGCUUGCUGGUGGCAUAUAUAACAGAAAACAUCAUGAGCCCCACGACACAGCACACAUACUCCUACCGCACUCAUUCACAUCACUGAUGCACUGCUAAAUGAAUAAAACUUGCAUUUAACAUCCACUACCAUGUGUAAACUCACAGUCAUAGUCACUCACUGUCCUAAAUAGUCGUUUACCAAACAAAUAUGUACAUCCUGUUGUGACUGAACUGAAGCACAAUCUACUGUGGCUCUGCAAAUAACAUGCCUUGACAACCUCUGCGAGGAUGCACUGGACCAAAAGUACUGAUAACUUACAUUUAGUAAAUGCGGUAGUGUACUGUGUUGUGUUUUUGUUCAAGGUUGUCUGUGAUUGAGUGUCUCAGCGUGGGCACUGACAGCAUUUAUACAGCAAUACAAUUGAUGAAAUGGCAUCAGAAGCAGAAGUUUGGCUAAAACGUUCAGCCUGUGAAAGUGUCCAGACUGUUCCUGUCCUUGCUGGGUCACAAAAAAAUAAGACUUUACAGAAUUACAUCUUUCCACUUGACUAAUC